AUGAGUGAGGCCGAUAGAAUUGGCGUUGCGGCUGUUGCUUGCGCCGAGAACAUUUCAUUAUUGUAUCUCUUAGGCAAGCGUCAGCACGAUCCCCAGCCGAACCGGCGAACACCAGAACCAACUGAAGAAAGAGGUAGAACGCUUAAGUUCCAUAGGGAGCGCAGUCUCUGCGGUGCUUUUGCGUUCCUGGCCAGCAUCGAUGGGAAUCCGGACUUCAUUCCCGCUGUCUACAUUGAAGAACGACCAGACCAGCGACGCCUGGAAAUUGUGGUGGCCGUAAACAAAAAGAGCCCGAUGAAUGGUGAGGAGAUUUUGGAGGACAUCAAGCGUGGAUUCGAAGAAAUCUUCCUGCAGUUGCAGAGCCUAAACGGCAAGUACUCCAGCAACAAAAGGUCUGAAAUUGAUGAUUGGGUUUUCGAGGAAGUUGUUGAAAUGUGCUACGAACGGAUUCUGAACCGCAUCCGCGAGGAACAACCACGAGUUGGGGGUCCACGGGGACGCCAGACGAAGAAACGAAAGUCGAUGGAGGAGCUGCUCGAAACGCUCGAUCUAUACUUCACUCGGCCGGGUAACAGCACAACACAGUCCCAAAAGUUCUUGGCCAGAGCUCGCGAUGCUACAAAGUCACUCAGGAAAUGGAGGAGAUACCAGAAUCCAUCGAUGCUUAAGCCGUUGGUUCAAGACAUCUUUCAGCUUUCACGAAUCGGCCAAUUUGAAAAGCUUAUCCACAUGAUACCUCACAGAGAAAUGGACCCGGGCUCGAAGUCGAGUCUGUGUAACAUGAUCCUCAAGGUCGCACGGUAUAGAGAGGUCUCCCGGCAUAUUUACCGGACUGCCAAGAAAUACCCAAUCGCAAGAUGCGCGAAAGUGGUGACGGUGAACCUCACGACUUUCAGUCCAGGAGCUUACGAUCGAAUCUCGGAUCGUGGAAGGUACCCAGAACUGGCUACCGCUCUGGCGAGGAACGGAGUUUCCAAUCAGCCCGACCAAAGCCUCAGAGAUGCUUGGAAUAUUUCACGGCCAUCUUUACAGGAUGCCACCGUUCUAUUCGAAAAGCAGGCAAAGUACAUAUUACAGAGCGCAAAGGUUCAUGCCGAAGUUCAGCUGAUAUACCACUAUCAUCUCAAGGAACGUCGCUCAGAGCUGCCGCCCAGAGUUAUUCGCUCCAGCAAAGACGCGUGCUAUCUCUGCAACGCUUUUAUUGAAGCAGAAAAGACUUUCUACACGUCUCGCUGCCACGGGAGGCUAUACCCGUCAUGGAAACUGCCAUCCGUCGGUGGCCGCCUGGACCUAGCUCAGAGGUUCAAUGAGCAGUUAAAAGGUAGAAUAAACAGUGCUUACGGUGACUUGACGAACUUCAAUGACAACUACCCGAAGUUGAGCAAGACGAAGAAGCUCACAUCAGAAAUUUCUCUUGGAGCCGAGGAAACGCCUCAUUCGUUCAAGAAGACCAAGUUCCCCGCUCACGCUAUGCUACAGGAGCAGCACAUGAGGACGCCAGAGUUGGAUCUCAAAACCCCGGCAGACGUCAGCGACAUCAAGUCCACAGGAAGCACCAUCAGAUUAGGAUUAGAACCACACACGCCAUCAUCAGAAAGACCUGCUGUCUCAAGAAAAGAACUCUGUCCGCCCAAAAAACGGUGA